UAGUCGUUGCGACUAUUUGAAGUUUUUUCAUUGAGUUGGUUCGAAUUUGCAUUGAUAUGCGGGCAGCCCCGGCACCUACCGCCGGAUCGCAGGGGCCGAUUGUCCAACGGCGAGUUGGUGGCAAUUCUAUCGGAAGUAAUUCGAAGGCACUGCAGUCCAACCCUUCUAGUGGUUCUCGGUUGAAACCGACAAUUCGGCAAACGAUCGAGUCGAUCACCAGUACUGGAAGCCAAGCUGAGUAUUUCAGACCGGAGCAAACCAUCAUUCUAUUUGACUGGGAUGACACCCUGUGCCCGUCAAACUGGAUCAGAGAGAAUCGACCGGCCUUGAGCUUCUUCAAACCUUGUCCUCCAGAAGAGAAGUACCAGCGACCAUUGCGGGAACUGCAAAAACAUGUAGAGGCGACCCUACAGCUCGCGAUGAAGAUGGGCAAGGUCAUCAUUGUUACCAACGCCAUGGAACCCUGGGUCGAGACAUCUUGUCGGAACUUCCUACCGGCCUUGGUUCCGAUUGUCUCACAGAUUCAGGUGAUUUACGCAAGAUCCGUCUUUGACACGAUGACCUGCGAUGCUGCAAAGGUGCCGGGGGCUCCUGGCCGCGCCCUUCCUGGUCUCUAUGCUGCCAAUGGCAUGAACAAGUUGGGGACCGCUGGCCGAGCACCGCAGCAGAUUGAUGAAAUGGCUCCUCAGAGAUGGAAGGAAAUAGCUUUCGAACAAGAAAUCAGCGGCUUCUAUUCGCGGUACGCUCACCAAAGCUGGAAGAACGUGAUCUCUAUCGGAGAUUCCAUUUUUGAACGUGAUGCCGUUCGACGUGUCGUGAUCAACCGCCCAACUGCCAACAGAAAGUGCCGUACAAAAACAGCAAAGCUUCUUGACGAGCCAGAGAUUGACGAGCUCGUUGCGCAGGUGAAAGUGGUCCACGAUGCACUUGGCCUCAUGGUGCAGUAUGAUGGAAACCUCGACAUUGAAAUUGAUGAGGAAGACUUGAAACUGGAUCUUUCGCUUGCAGAGAAGAUCAUGGAUCGGUGAGUUUGGAGAAUGAGGUAGACAAGUUGCAGCUUAGUGGAACCAUGUUCCUACAAUUCCAGGCACAUGUGUGCUAUUCAGCUAAAGCUGUUCAGCGAACUCGCUAUUCUCCUCGUUUUUUUUUUGUUCACUUUUUGACACAUAGGCCAAGCCAUGUGGCAAAUACCAAUAUCCUCAGAUCGCCAUGCCAAGCAUGGCAGCUGAGAUGACUCAAGAUGUCGAGAUUACAAAGAAUCUCAUUUGGAAUCUUUUGACCAAGUAGCCAAGAUCCUCCUUUGAAGUGGGUGAGCGAGCAGGUGUUUUGAGGGAAGUUCCUGCGAAUGCGACCAUGACAUACUAUGACUUGCCUGCUGUUUCCUAUGCUCACCCUUAGAUUUCCACGUCCCUGUUUUGGCAUGCUGCACUCCCCCAGAAAGGCACGAGCCAGCUGCCACCU